AUGCGUCCCGCCCAUGAAGCUGCUGUGUCAUCACUUUCAGAACCCGCCAGAAAACGUGCCAAAUACACUCAGAUCGCUUGGUUCGUCUAUCCCCGCACGGUGGCCAUCGAAUACACAUUCUAUCUAUACUGGCCCCUAACACUGAAAAUUCCCAGCACUGAGUGCAAACGUCGCAAGAUAAAAUGUAGUGGCGGAAGCCCAUGUACACGCUGUGCACAAGGCAAGGCUCUUUGCAGAUACUCUACCGAUCGGAUUCCGAUCCAGGAUGCCGACUUUAAAGAUGCACGAGUCGGCCCCCGCUUCGAUGCAAUUGAUCGACAUCUUGAGUCUCUCCAGCAAGAAAUGCGAUCUAUGUCGGCCCGUCUACGAGAGCUAGAGGCGUCGAGUCCAGCGUCUUCCAUGCCAGCAAAGUCCAACACUCAAAAGGAACUCGAUCGCAUCCUGAAUGCGCCUAAAACCCCAACAUAUGUAGGGCCUACAAGCGCUGAAUUUGGUCUUCGGCAGCAUCAAUCCUCCCUGAACCCUCCAGAGAGUGCAUAUGACACGGAUGAAGAUGAGCCUGUGUCCAACUCAGCGGGAAGAAGCUCGAUGCCGCAUCCAGGUAGCGGAGUGAGUCUCCACCUAGAAGAAGUCUUACGCUUACUCGAGGUGUAUGAGGAUUUGGUGGGCGUGAUGUAUCCUUGUGUGGAUAUGGAAAGUGUUCGAGUGUAUGCGCAGGACUACUAUCGGUCUCAUGGAAUCAUCACAACCAGUACCGAUGACCUGCAAGAUCAGAGCUCCGAGGAUCAAGACUGGUUCUUUGCUCGGGACAUUCAGGUGUUGAAGCUGCUGCUUGCCACCGCCCUGUUGGCCGAAUCUCAUGGCCGUAGCGAACUGGCUGCGCAGCUUGCAGACAGUGUGGAAGACCACUUUGCACCGCGAUUCAAGGUGGCUGAGGUAGAUAUGAAGGAGAUUCUGAUCAUGACCUUACUUUCUAUAUUUCAUUCCUAUCGAGACGACGAAGUCAUAUCCUGGCGAAUGACCCGUAUUGCGACAAGCGCGUGCAUGGAACUUGGUCUUCACCGUCAAGAGACAUGGCGACAGACUGGUGGUGUCUUCCCAGGUGAACUGGCAUGGAGGUGGGCCAUGCGACUGUUCUGGUGCGUCUAUGUCCUUGAUCGGAAGUGGUCGUUUGGCAGUGGGCUGCCAUUUGGCAUGCAGGACACCGACAUUGACACGAACAUUCCCGAACCGGGACACUCCACGCCGUAUCUGGCUUGCUUGAUCUCGCAUGCGAGACUGAGCACCAAGAUCUGGGGUCUAGUGAUGGAAUGGCCAGAGCACUGCCCUUCCACGACGGCAGAUCAAUGCGCCCAGCUUGAUGCUGAGGUACGACAAUGGAUUUGGUCCAUUCCGCCCGAACUUCGCUUCAGUCCGACUUGGUCGUCCGCUGCAGAUGCACAAGCCGAGCGGUCACCGCAGCAAGAUCGUAUGAGAAUGUUGCAGGUCCUUCUCGCGCUGCAAGGAAAUCAGCUUCGCAUUCUCGUGUAUCGACAAAAUCUGCAAAGCAAGGAACGGAUUGCUGGAGACCCGGCCGGUGCAAUGAUCGCGGUGGAGACGGCCAAGAACACAAUUCACAUGCUGGAAGAUUACAGCAGCGAGUCGAAUAUCUACUUUGAUCGACCGGAGCCAUUCAACUACUUCUUGAUCUCUGCCCUAGCUGCUCUUCUCUUAGCAGUGUCGCAUGCUCCGAAUCGCUUCAGCCAUGUCUGCCGACCGGAAUUCUACACAGCGAUAAGACUCGUGCGUCGCUCUGCAACUCGUGCACGAACUUCUAGGCGGUUACACAAAUUACUCAGACGUUUGAAGCAUGUUCAGUUACCCAAAGGAAGUCUCGAUCACCAGGCUGUUUCUCGCGUUCGUCAAGAUGAUUACAAAAAUCCUGGGAGUCAUGGCCCUGCAAUUGAGCGGUCACGACUACCAGAUCAAAUGUCGUUGGUAGCUACAGCCACCCCUCGCUAUGGAUGGGAUUCUGCGAGCGGACAUUUGUUGGCAAGCAACUCGAUUGCAACACCAAAUCCGAACCUGACCCACGACCGCUCAUCAGCUCUUUGGAACACUUCGCUUGGCACGAUUGAAGACGGUUCCAGGGUGUGUGAAGAUUUAAGCAGCUUCUUCGAGAACGCAGGUGAUUACUUCUUCGAUCCUCAUUUGGCAUUAAGCGUGCAGGCGUCGAGCACCGCAGAUGCAUCCCUGGUACGGGGAGUUGAUAUGGGAUUCUUUUCGGUCCCCGCGAAUCCACUGUCGCCCAGUCAUGCGUUUGACAACCUGGAUGCUGCUAAUGAAGAGCUGACCCGGGCCAUGGCAGGUCUUUUAUGA